AUGGGUAUUAGCGAUAUGCGAUUCUCAGUGAAGGUGAUUGACAGUGUGGUGGUGGGUGCAAAAGAACCAUGGAAUGACCAGUGGUUGCCAUUUACAAACCUCGACUUGCUUGUUCCACCUUUGGAUGUUGGCUCUUUCUUCUGCUACCACAAACCCUCACAUGGGAGUUUCCCCACCAUGCUAAACACCCUCAAAGCUUCCUUAUCUCGAGCUCUCACACUCUUUUACCCCCUUGCUGGUGAUAUCGCAUGGAAUGCAGCUGACCGGGAGAAUCAAAUUCACUGCAAUAACCAAGGUGUCGACUUCAUCCAAGCUUUUGCAGACGUACAGCUCAAAGAACUCAAUUUCUACGAUCUAGAUGAGAGCAUCGAGGGCAAACUAAUGCCCAAGAAGCUGCGCGGGGUGUGUGCUAUCCAGGUUACCGAGUUGAAAUGUGGAGGCAUGGUGAUAGGGAUCAUGUUUGAUCAUCGGAUAGCGGACGGGUACUCAUCUAACAUGUUUAUCUCAUCAUGGGCAGACAUAGCUCGAUCUGAAACCCCCUCCAUGUUACCCUCCUUUCAGAAAUCUAUCCUCAAUCCGAGGAACCCAAGCACUCAUUCUUCGUCAAUCGACAGUAAUCUGUUUGCUCAUUAUGAUCAUCGAAACCGCAAUGAUGGACCAGAUGAUCGAAUCAUCAACCGUUUAUACUACAUCGAGGGUGCCCAACUUAACAAGAUACAAUCGUUGGCAAGUGAAAAUGGGAGUAGGAGGUCGAAGUUGGAGGCUUUCACCUCUUUCUUGUGGAAGACAGUUGCCAUGAGCAUGGAAGACUUGGGAAAUCACAACGAGAUGUGUACUAUCACUCUUCCAGUCGAGGGAAGGCGAUGGUUAAGCGAAGGAGAUGGUGAAGAAAAACAAAAGCUAAUGGCUUCACACUUUGGCAAUGUUUUAUCGCUGCCAUUUGGGACAAAAGGAUCACAGGAGUUGAAGGAGAUGUCAUUGACCAAUAUAGCUACGGAGGUUCACGAGUUCUUGCAACCCGUAACUAGAAAAGACCAUUUCCUGGACGUGAUAGACUGGGUGGAAGAACAUCGGUCGGACCCAAUGGUCUUACCAAGGGCGCUUGCCAACAAAGAAAUGACGGUAAUCGUGUCAUCGGGACAAAGAUUCCAAUUCACCGACAAGAUGGACUUCGGAUGCGGUAAGCUGGCAUUCGGAUCAUGCCAUCUCCCACCUUCAAGGAAAGACUCUUACGUGAUGACAUUAGCCAGUCCGACCAACAACGAGGACUGGAUAGUGUACAUGCAUAUGCAAAUCAAACACAUGAACUACAUCGAGGCACAUGCUAGUCACAUAUUCAAGCCCUUGAAUGCUGAUUACCUCAGGAUUUAACAUAUUUCCAAUCUAUAUAUGUGUUUAAUUUAGAAGCAUGUGAAGUUGUUAUGUUGUCAAAUAAUUAAUGUCCAAUUAAUGCAAUGAAUCAAAUAAUAGAGUAAAGGUUACGAUGGUCAACAAAACAGGUUCAAGCUAGCAAUAGCGUGGAUGAAGUCAACCCCGACGACAAAAUCGGAGAUCGAUCGAGUUCCCAUGAAAAAACUGCUUGAAGAUUAGCAUAUGGCGUGGUUUUAGGGUUUACCGAUUAAAAGAGUCCUUCAAAUUCAAAUGUUAUUUAAUUAUGCCCUAAUGAUAUAUUUUUAUUUUUGUC